UUGCCUUAGUAUAGUGUACUACUACUAGCAGUGCUGUACCACACUAUGCAUUCUCGAUAUUGUAUUGUAUUGUACCAUACCCCCAGCAGCGUGAGUGGGGCUUUGUAGUGGGAAACACCCGGGCCGGCUUGAAGUAGUGCCCCGCAACACCAUCGCAUUACACGCCCACAAUGAGCCAUCAACGAUACCCUUCCCACGACGCGGUCAAGGAGCCACAUUCGGUGUCCCUGAAGGUACUGCGUUUGUCACGGCCAUCCCUCGUCGCGCAGUACCCCGUCCAACCGCCCUUCUUCCCCCCACUAUCCCACCCAGCGCCCGUCCCGGCCUCCCUAGCCUACAGCCCCAAUGGCGUCGGCAGCAACAAUAUUAACAGCACCGCGAUUCCACCGACGAACCCAACCCCCUUCGCGCUGAGCCCCAUCCUCAACCUUCCGCCGUCGUUCGGCUCCGCCUACGUCGGCGAAACCUUCAGCUGCACCCUCUGCGCGAACCAUGACAUCCCCGACAACAACGGCGCGGCAGCGCCGCCGAAGAGCAUCCGCGACGUGCGCAUCGAAGCAGAGAUGAAGACGCCCUCCUCGACCGCAGCAACGAAACUCGCACUGUACCCUGCCGACCCCAACGUCACCGAGAGUGCGAACAAUAAUACCGGAGUGGACCUCUCCCCGAACACCUCCCUGCAGCGCGUCCUGUCCUUCGAUCUCAAGGAAGAGGGCAACCACGUGCUGGGCGUGACCGUCUCCUACUACGAGGCGAGCGAGUUGUCGGGCCGCACGCGCACCUUCCGCAAGCUGUACCAGUUCAUCUGCAAGGCGUCGCUCAUCGUGCGGACGAAGCCCGGCGUUCUGCCCGCCGGAGACGGAGGUCAGAGACGGUGGGUGCUGGAGGCGCAGCUGGAGAACUGUAGCGAGGAGGGGAUCCUGCUGGAGAAGGUUGGCUUGGAGCUGGAGGACGGGCUGGGGUAUGAGGACUGUAACUGGAAUUGGGAUUGGGCGGCGGGUGAUGAUGGUGACGAGACAGGGCGAAUGGAGGCAGGGGACGAUGGGAGGAGAGAGAGGAGGCCGAGAAAGCCGGUGCUGCAGCCUGGAGAGACGGAGCAGGUCUGUUUUGUUAUUGAGGAGGAGGAGAAGGGGGCGGCGAAGGAGGUAGAGGGCCGCGUGCUGUUUGGGAUAUUGCAGAUCGGGUGGCGGAGUGAGAUGGGAAAUCGUGGAUUCUUGUCGACGGGGAAGCUUGGGACGCGGUCUGUGAAGGCGAGGGAGAAGAGGGAAGGUUGACAGGCCGAGGGAAUGGGAAAUGAGAAUCGCUGUGAGGGUGCUCUCCAAUCCCGCUUAGGAGCCAAUGGUCGAUUGGGAUUACGAAACGGAGAGGGCUCCCAUAAAUGGAGA